AUGCCCACUCUGCUGCUCCCGCUGCUGCUGCGGACGCUGCUGGCCCGCCUGCUGCUGCCUGCUGCCCGCCUUGCCCGCCGGCACUUCCUGCCCCUGCUGCGCCGGCUGGCCCACCGCCUGGGCUCUCAGGAUAUGCGAGAGGCUUUGCUGGGCUGUCUGUUGUUUGUCCUCAGCCAGAGACACCCGCCGGAAGCUGGGGAGGCCUCCAGAGUGGCCCGCUUGGAGAGGAGGGACAGGCUAGCCUCCCAAAAAUGA